GGACGCGGGCAAGGCCGGCCAUGGAGGCCCUGCGGAGGGCCCACGAGGCCGUGCUCCGGCUGCUGCUGUACCGGCCCUGGGCCUCGGGCGCCGCCUCCCGCCCGAAGCCCCGCGCCUCGGAGGUGCUGACGCUGCACCUGCUGCAGCGGCGUCUCCCGCACUGGACCUCCUUCUGCGUGCCCUACAGCGCCGUCCGCAACGACCAGUUCGGCCUCUCUCACUUCAACUGGUCCGUGCAGGGCGCCAACUACCAUGUCCUGCGCACUGGCUGCUUCCCCUUCAUCAAGUACCACUGCUCCAAGGCCCCUUGGCAGGACCUGGCGCGGCAGGACCGCUUCUUCACGGCGCUCAAGGUCAUCAACCUCGGUAUUCCAACUUUAUUAUAUGGACUUGGCUCCUGGUUAUUUGCUAGAGUCACAGAGACUGUGCAUACCAGUUAUGGACCAAUAACAGUUUAUUUUCUAAAUAAAGAAGAUGAAGGUGCCAUGUAUUGAAAAUGUGCAUUGGAGAACAUAAAUAUCAGUGGAUUUUCUCUUGUGUGUAUGUGCAAUAUUUAUUUUUGAUCCUUUAAAAUAAAACUUUUUGCAAACA